GGCCGGGCAGCAUGGCCAGGCCCCGGCUCUUCCGGCUGUGGCUGGCGCUGGGGUCCUUCCUCAUGAUCCUGCUCAUCAUCGUGUACUGGGACAACGUGGGCACCGCCCACUUCUACCUGCACACGUCCUUCUCCAGGCCGCACCCCACCCCCGGGCAGGGCGAGGACCAGGACGCGGAGGAGUUUCUGGACACGCUGCUCGGCUCCGGGAAGCCUGGCGACCUUUCCGGGAGGAAGACGGAGCCGCCGCCCGCGGCGCCCAGCAGGCCGGCGCAGAGCCGCCUGGAGGAGAGCGUGCGGGGCUACGAUUGGUCCCCGCACGGCGCCCGGCAGAGCCCUGACCAGGGCCGGCAGCAGGCGGAGCGCAGGCGCGUGCUGCGGGCCUCCUGCGCCAACGCCAGCCUGGCCUUCCCCACCAAGGAGCGCUCGUUCGACGACAUCCCCAACUACGAGCUGAACCACCUCAUCGUGGACGACCGGCACGGCGUCAUCUACUGCUACGUGCCCAAGGUGGCCUGCACCAACUGGAAGCGCGUGAUGAUCGUGCUGAGCGAGAGCCUGCUGGACCGCGGCGCGCCCUACCGCGACCCGCUGGACAUCCCGCGGGAGCACGUGCACAACUCCAGCACGCACCUGACCUUCAACAAGUUCUGGCGGCGCUACGGCAGGUUCUCGCGCCACCUCAUGAAGAUCAAGCUGAAAAAGUACACCAAGUUCCUGUUCGUGCGCGACCCCUUCGUGCGCCUCAUCUCGGCCUUCCGCAGCAAGUUCGAGCUGGAGAACGAGGAGUUCUACCGCAGGUUCGCCAUGCCCAUGCUGCGGCUGUACGCCAACCUCAGCAGCCCGCCCAGCUCGGUGGGCGAGGCCUUCGGCGCGGGCCUCCGGGUGUCCUUCGCCAACUUCAUCCAGUACCUGCUGGACCCGCGCACCGAGCGCCUGGCGCCCUUCAACGAGCACUGGCGGCAGGUAUACCGCCUCUGCCACCCGUGCCAGAUCGACUACGACUUCGUGGGCAAGCUGGAGACGCUGGACGAGGACGCGGCGCAGCUGCUGCGGCUGCUCAGGGUGGACGGGCGUCUGCGCUUCCCCCCGAGCUACCGGAACAGGACCGCCAGCAGCUGGGAGGAGGACUGGUUCGCCAAGAUCCCCCUGGCCUGGCGGCAGCAGCUGUACAAACUCUACGAGGCAGACUUCGUUCUCUUUGGCUACCCCAAGCCGGAAAACCUCCUCCGAGACUGAGCGCCGGCCGCCUCUGUCCCCCGGCUUGGCGCCCGCGGCUCCACACACUCCAGUUUUUUACGUGACCUACGAUUUUGCGACCUGGACGUCUUGUUUACUCCACUGCCUCUAUUCAUUGAGUACUGUGUUGAUAUUUUUUUAAGAUUAAUAUAUUUCAGAUAUUUAAUA